UGGUUGGCCCCGGCGCCGCCUCCUGGCUGUUAUUGAGCGGAAGGGGGGAAUGAAGCCUGGAGGCCGGAGCGGGGCUUCACGCCGGGCCUGAGGACUCAGGCCCACAACCGCCCCGCCCCGUCCCAACCCUGCACAACGGAGCAGCCCCGAGGGCCGCGGCGGCAGCCACAGGAUCAUUCUGAUGAAUCUGCACUGUGCCGCCUCCAAGGUUGGUUGACCCUUCCUGAGGUGCGGUGCCCCAGAACUGAGCGCAUUUACUCCAUCUGGGGUCUGACCGGAGUUUCAUAAUUGGAACACAACUUGCACCCUUUUUGAGGUGAAGGUACCUCAGACGGAGCUGUGGGAAAAUGCUGGACUCCGACAUAGGAGUGGUGGAGGAUUGGCUCUCCCAGUUCAAGACUUUACCUGAAAAUCAGAUAUCCUGUUAUGCAGCGACCCUUCACCAGAAGACAAGUAUAGUCCCGGCCCUCUACAAAGUCAUCCAGGACCCCAGCAAUGAGUUACUGGAACCUGUCUGUCACCAGCUGUUUGAAUUGUACCGCAGCUCGGAGGUGAGGUUGAAGAGGUUCACACUGCAGUUUCUGCCCGAGUUGAUCUGGGGAUAUCUGUGCAUCACGGCAAGCAGAGAGAGACAGAGCAAUGGCUGCAUUGAAGCCCUGCUCCUGGGGAUCUACAAUCUGGAAAUAGUCGAUAGAGACGGAAACAACAAGGUGCUGUCUUUCACAAUCCCGUCACUGUCCAAGCCGUCAGUUUAUCAUGAGCCUUCAAGUAUUGGCUCCAUGGCCCUGACAGAAGGGGCACUCAGCCAGCAUGAUCUAAUCCGGGUGGUGUACAGUGACCUGCACCCUCAGAGAGAAAACUUCACAGCACAGAACAGGUUUGAAGUGCUGAGUUUCCUCAUGUUGUGCUAUAAUUCUGCAGUGGUCUCCAUGCCCAAUUCUUCCUACCGCUCCCUGUGUAGUGUGUGUUCGAGGUUGUGUAUUACUGGGUUCCCCCGACAGAGGCAGAAGGUGUGGAGUGAAACUUGCGGCCGGGUCAUGCUGGACCCCGAGUUUAUGGUUCAGCUGUUGACGGGUGUCUACCAUACAAUAUACAAUGGAGAGUGGGAGCUGGGUCAAGAGGCACUGGAAGACCUCAUGUACCGGGCACAGUUGGAGCUGUACUCUCAGCCGCUGCUGAUUGCUAAUGCGAUGAAGGGCUCACUGCCCUUUGACGCUCCCGAUGUUUCGAAGAUGGGUCGGACGUGUCUACAGGUGGAGGUGACGCCAACUAUACCCAGGAUAUCCCGAACCGCCAUCACCACUGCCUCUAUACGAAGGCACCGCUGGAAGAGAGAAGAUUGUAUAGACCUCACGGUUGACGUGGAGUCAAGCGAUCUCACCUCCCUAAUCCGUGACUCGUCUGGAUUGGCCAGGGAGCGUGAGUGGAAUGGGUCGGGCACACGAGUACCUCCCUGGCUCAGUCAGCAGGAGGUGGCAUCAUUAGCAACAUCGGGUAGGCCUGAGACGAGGAGGCGGCGAUCAGUGAGAAUGCUGGAAGGCAGCCAUGGCUGUGUGUUCCCCAAGCACGGCUGCUACCCACCCCAGUGGCUGCACCUGCUACCACAGGAUCGACACGCUGCUGCUGGGGGAGAGGAGGCCGUCCAGUUGACUGAUGCCGAUGAGGGAUUCUCCUCGGGGGCCUCCAGCAUCAGCCAGCCUAGCGGGUCAAAGAGCAGCAGCCUGAAAAAGGGCCCCAGCAGCCUGACGGGCAGAGAUAAGGACCAGGCAGCGCUGCCCAAGGCCGACGGGGCGGCCGAGUGCAGCCGGGACACGGGCGGUCGCAAGCUGGCACCCACCCGCUCUGCCGCCGACGCCCCGGAGCUGACUCCGGUGAAGAAACACCUACUGAUUGCCGGCGGCCAGCCUGUGCCCGCUGCAGCGGCGGUCAGCCUCGUGCGGACGGCCAGCACUUCCUCCGCCAGGUCCUUUGAUCGGAUCAACGGGAGCCAGGCCUCGGACGGGUGCUCCAACCUGGUGCAGGGUAACGCCAACCGCUUCUCCACCAUCAGCCUCCAGGAGGAGCGGCUGGGCCGGGACGGGGAAGCCGUGGACCUGCUCUCCCCGGGGGCUCCUCUGACCAAGCAGUCUCGGUCGCCCAGCUUUAACAUGCAGCUCAUUUCACAGGUGUAGGCAGCCACUGCCUCUCCUUUGCUGUUGGCUGCCGUUUGGGUACACCUCCCCUUCCCCACCCCCCUCACCCCCUUUUUUUAAACUCCAUUCUCUCCUGGGAGGACUUCCUCCUUUAUCUCCCCUCCACCCCCCCCAAGCCAACAACCUCUCCAAUCUCAGCCCUCUUUAAUUCCAACUGAUAAUUACGGUGAGGUAAAAGGAAUUAUUUUGUACUGGGAGAGCAAUAAAGGGAGGCUGUAGGCGGCGACAGGCUGCGCAGACUCGCAUCUUGCCACGCGGGUCCACCUGUCCACCCCCCCCACACAGUCCGUUCCCUCCCUCAUACUUGGGUGAAGUGCAAUCCAUUUUGACGUAUGUCCUGACUUGAGGAGACCUGGUUCAAUCAGACCUUCUGUCUCAGGAGAUCCUCCAACAUUCCUAGCCGACCCUCGACCACCCCUCCCCUUCCCACUCGCCUAACACUGUUCCUACCCCCACCACCACCACCAGUCUGGCCCUGACUACCUCCUACCCACCCCUGCCCCCUCCCCGCCCAUCUCUUCAGAACCUAUUCCGCUGCCUUCAGAAAGGUCCAAACCUUCUUACGCUCACGGUUGUUGGAAUAUGUUUAUUAAGAGGAAGAAAAGAGGGGGAAGUGCCCCUCACCAAAGAGAGAUUAUUUUUCCACGAGCAGGGAGCGUCUCGAAAGUGACGCUGACAAAACGGAGCAGGGAGCAUCUCUAAAAGAGUGCCGCACAACACAGCAGGGAGUGUCCCUCAACGGGGGGGAGCCGCUGAUAAACGGAGCAGGGAACGUUUCUAAAGAAGCACUGGAAACAUAGGGAAUGUCUCUAAAGGAGCACUGAAACUCAGCGAGCCUCUCUGAAGGAGCACUAAGAAACCGUGUUUAUAAAGCUGUUAGAACUAUUCAAUGAGCAUGGAGUGUCUAUAAAGCACUGUCAGUGCUCAGUGUGUAUACUGCAGCGAUUUCAGACCCCCUCUACACUCAUCUCCUUAUCCUUUGAGAAAAGCUCUUCUUUGUGUUUGCUAAGCUUUCUCCUUGUGAUGUGAAUGGUGGGUAUUGCAUUGGAGUAGUUAUCUACCUGCAGCUCAGAGAUAAGACUAACUUAAACCCUACAAAUGGUGGCAGUGUCGAAGAGGCUUCACCCUCCCAGGUAGCUGUUCAGUGUGGCCAAUGGUUCAGGUUCCUCUGUGCCACGUGAUGGAUUGGGAUAAUGUUCCUAUUGGCUGAGAAUGGCUCAUUCUCCACCCUCAAACACCCUGUGAAAUGACAUAGUCAUAAAAGAUCAUCUGUGCAUUAGAGCUGGGAAUUGUUGAGUGGGGAUUUUCCGUGAUGAUCUGGGGUUGGGGACACACAUUCAGCACUCAAAACAGCAACAAAAACUUCCAUUUGCUUUUAUUCUGCCUCUCUUUUUGUUCUGAUUUCUCCCACAAUACAGAGAGUUGUACUGUGGCCUCAGGCAUCCUGGGGCUCGGGCGUCUUAGCAGCUCAGGAACCAUGGCCGUGGGCAUUCUCUAGUAGCCUCUUGUUGCCUGUGGACCUGGACACUGAAUUGAUGGGGCUGUGUGACUAUGGAAGCCAUCAGGGCCCAGCAUUUACAUUCUCUUCCAGCACUGGUUACUGGUCUUGUUCCUAACCUGACCCAGGAUGUGUCUGUCUGUGUAGACGUGUCUCUGCCUGUUUUUGUCUGAGUGCACACAUAUGUAAGUUUGUAUGUGCAGGUGUCUCUGUCUAUAUCUACCUGAUUUUGUGUCUGUACAUAUAGGUCACUUGCUGGUGGACAGUUGCUGACACACAGUUUUCUCUCUCGCACACACGUACACACACAAGUAUAUAUACACACACACUCUCUUUCCCCAGGGUGUCUGCGUGGUGAUGAGGGAGCUGGCUGAAAACUCUUGUCUGUGUUCAGCACAGGUCAGUCAAUGCUGAAUUAACUUGGGCCCCUCACUAUAGGUUUGGAGCUGAUUAUUACAGAGAUUCUGAUGGUGGUCUUACUGUGCCAGGGUCUUUAGUCUUUCUGGCUGUCUAGGCAGUGCUCAGUAUUGUGUAUAAACCAUUCCACUACCUUGUACCUGUUUCAUUAUAAAAAAAACCUAUGGUGCCAGCCUCGUCCCAUUGAGGAGCUUUCCCUUGAAUCUAACCCAGCAGUACCCCUGGAGUGGGGCUAGUUUGGAUUGGAACGUUCCUAGGGUCCACGUUCUGUCCGAUUUGCAUUUCCUGUGGAUGUGAAGCUGGGCAUGGGUCCAUAACAUGGCAGAGAACAUUUCAAAGCUGAAAAGGCAACUUUCUCACACCAGCAUCAAGGGCCCAGUCAAUCGAUAAUGGGCCACUAUAAGGAUCUGAUUCUUGUAUAAAACCCUGGGGGCCAGAAACAUGGGCCUGGCUCACGUUGCUAUGUUCAGUCUGACCAAUCACUGAGGGCUACCGGUGUCCAAGAUUCCAGUGCUGGCAGAGAGUUCAUUGGUUUCUGUCUCCCACCGCCCCCAAAAUAUCUCUCGUAAAUUCAGAUCGGGCACGCAAACUGCACCAGCUUCCAGCCUCAGCAGCAAUUUGACUCAGGCACCGGUUAGUCAGGGAACGGCAUUCCCUCCUGGGGGUCUCUCUCUCGUCUCAGGACCUGUGCUCUGCCUUCCCCAUAAGGGAAUGUUUGGGAUCCUUGGGACUUCACUGCCUCUCGCACGGAGAACACUGACAGGCGAGGAAAGCUUCCCCGGACCAGCUGGGGGAACGGCUUUGUCUUUGGAGACCGACAGUGAGGGAAACACAAACAACUUGCCAGGCAGUGGGUGGCACUUGUCGGCUCUGCUGAUCUUUAAACUUGGGUUGGGUUAGAUUAGGCUGCAGUCUCACCGUCAAAGGCACUGGGAUCAUUUUCUUGAUGAAUGUAGUUUAGCUGAUAUUGAGGUAUAAAUUCAAGUGAUUUUUUUUUUUGUUGCACAUUUUGAUUUUACAUUCCAUCAUGGGCUGGCUGCAUGCUCCCAACUGUCCUCUUCCACUGUCAUCAUAUUUCACCAGUGACCACAGCGUGACCUGGUUGCCCUAAGUGAAGUUGCAGGGGAUUCUGAAGCCUCCUGCUCCUCUCCGAUCCAGCAACACGGAGCAGGCUGAAUUUUGGGCUAACUUGGACCACUUUUCCCUUUUAACAGUGUGCCCAGCUAUCUCCCCCCCCUCCAUCCCCACCUCUAAUGCCGCAAAAGCGGGGAGAGCUGUGGUUCAUCAUUGUGUGUGGAAAUUUAGAAACUGCUCUGCGUGUGUGCCCGUGUGUGUUUGGUCCUCAGUCUUGGUGCUUGUGAACAAUAAAUCAACCCCGUUUUGCCCAAAGAAUGUUCAGCUGAAGCAAAAAUAAGUCCAGAGAGAUUAGAGAGGUGGAUGUGACUGGAGUGUGUGUCUGUUUGACUUCACUGGUGGGAGGCCAGUUACCCACCUCCCUUAACCCCGCGCCAAUCUUAGCUGAAGUGAUGAGCAGCAGACCCACACCUAGACUCCUCACUCUCCUAAAGGCCUAUAGAUUAUGUCCAGACCUGAAUACUUCCUGUGUUCCUGACAGAUGCUCAAAGACUGGGUGCUGCACUGUGGGGCGUGGGGCAGGGGUAGAGGUGGAGGAGUGUGGAAGUGCUGUCCAGCAGGAAUUCAGGUGUUGAUGGUCUGAUUGAUGCAUGUAAAUCCGUCAUUCUUUGAACAAAAAGCUUUUUUUUUUUAAUUAAAAAUGAACUAUACUGUUAAUGUAAGAGAUGUGAAUGUGAUCUCUAUCCUGUAAAUACCUGUCACAGAUUAAAGAUUUUAAAUGUGUAAAUACAGGUGUAUAAACAUUCAGAUCAGUCUGCAAUGCAGAGAAAUUAUCUAUCUGUAAUCUCAGUACCUGGAAUAAAUACUGUGCUGUUUCUCGAUA